UGUCCGUCCAUUACCACCUCGCUCCCACUUCUCCACUACCUUGUCUUAAAAAAUCCGGCUCGGCUCAGCCGGCUUAUACGACUUGGCUUAUGUAUGAAGCUCUUGUAAUUAAGCAUUAGAAAUGGCAGCAACGCCGGCUUUGAUGGAGCCAAGCUUCGACGUGAACAAGCUGAGCUACGAGAUCUUCUCCGUUUUGGAGAGCAAGUUCCUCUUUGGCUACGAGGACCCCAAGCUCUUCCUAGCCGCCUCGCCGCCGGAGACUCCGGUGAAGACCCCCGCCCGGACCCCUACGGUGGCCGAAGCAGGCGGGGGCCGUGUCCGGAUCCUCUCCAUCGACGGCGGCGGCCGCGCCUCCGACGGCAUCCUCGCCGGCGCCGCCCUCGCCCGUCUCGAGGCCUCCCUACACAAGCGCUCCGGCGACUCCGCUGCCCGGAUCGCCGACUUCUUCGACGUCGCCGCCGGAUCCGGCGCCGGCGGCGUCCUCGCUGCAAUGCUCUUCACCCGCGGCCCCGACGGCCGCCCCCUCUUCUCCGCCGCCGAGGCGCUCCAGCUCCUCGCCAAGAACCGCGCCGCAUUCGCCCCCAAGAAGGGGCUCCUCCGUGGAAUAUUCCGGAAACACGGGGGCAUAUUCCGGCGGCUCUUCGCCGACGCGACGCUGAGGGACACCGUGAAGCCGGUGCUGAUCCCCUGCUACGAUCUGGCGACGGGAGCGCCAUUCAUGUUCUCGAGGGCGGACGCGGUGGAGUCGGACGGCUACGAUUUCCGGAUGCGGGAGGUGUGCGCGGCCACGUGCGCCGACCCCACGGCGUCGGGGGCGGCGGCGGUGAAGAUGAAAUCGGUGGACGGAAGGACGAGGAUCGUGGCCGUCGGCGGCGGGUUGGCGAUGGGGAACCCCACGGCGGCGGCGAUCACGCACGUGCUGAACAACAAGCAGGAGUUCCCCUUCGCCGCCGGGGUGGAGGACCUGCUGGUGGUGUCGCUGGGGAGUGGGGAGGUCGCGGCCGCCCGCGGGAAUGCCGGGGCGUCGGCGCCUCCGCGGAGGGCGGAGCUCGUGAGAAUCGCCGGGGAGGGAAUGGCCGACAUGGUGGAUCAAGCAGUGGCAAUGGCCUUUGGCCACAACAGGACAAGCAACUAUGUCCGCAUUCAGGUUCAUGGAUCUCAUUCUCUAAGACAUCACACAUCUAAGAGUACUAGCACAAUGGAUGUGAGAAAAUUAUUAGGUGCAGCUGAGGAAAUGUUGGUACAAAGAAAUGUAGAGUCGGUUUUGUUUCAAGGGAUGAAGAUGUUGGUACAAACCAAUGGCGAAAAACUUGAAUGGCUUGCAGGUGAAUUGAUCAAGGAAGAUGAAAGGAGGAAGAAUAGCCCACUUCCUAAAGUUUUAGUAAAACAAGUGAUGACACCAAGAAUAUCAUUUGCGACAACGCCCAUAGCAACUACUACCACCGCCACAUCAACACCUCAAUCCCACUAAUUUUCAUCUUGCAUUGCUAGGGUGCUUAUGACUAUGCUUUAAACUGAAAUGGAAGUAGUCAUAUGGUAGAAGAAUGAGAAUUGAGAUUUGACUGUAAUGUGUACCAGGACAUAGUUGAUUGUGUACAUGUUGUUGACCAAAAUGGUGAUGGAUUGCAAAAUAUGUACCAUUUCCUCUUUUUCUUGGCUUUCAGGCUUUGUAUGGAAACUAGAUAAAGUGUGGUUAAUUCUUUAUAACUUAUGAUUGGAAGAAGUUACACAAGUUGUACAA